AUGGCGACCGAAAAAUCAAUUGACGACGCCUACGCACCUGACGAACGCCGGCCCUCUGUCCACGAGGCUCCUCUGGAUGCCACCCCAAAGAGCCGAUGGGAAAGGACAUGGCCCGUCUUUGCUUGCGGUGCAGGCUUGUUCAGUGACGGUUAUUUGAAUGGCGUCAUUGGAAGUGUCAACACUAUCCUCAAACUGAUCUACAAGGACGAAUAUGUUAAAUCAGACGCACAGAACAAUGUCUCCUCCAUCGCCUUUGCUGGCACUGUUGUUGGACAGCUUGUCUUUGGGUAUCUGUCUGACCAUUGGUCGCGAAGACACUCACUUCUCAUCUCGACCAUCAUCUUAAUUGUCUUUUCCGCUCUGGGAGCUGCUUCUUACGGUGCUGGCGGGAGUAUCCAAGGCUUGUUCGCUGCCUUGACCGCCUAUAGAUUCCUUCUAGGUAUCGGCAUCGGCGGAGAAUACCCGGCAGGUAGCGUAGCCGCAGCUGAAAGCACGGGAGAGCUGAAGAAAGGCCAUCGUAACCGGUGGUUUAUUGCCUUUACAAAUCUCUCUAUCGACGUGGGAUUUGUGGUUGCUGCCCUGGUGCCCAUGAUCUUAGUUCUGAUUUUCACUGAAAACCACUUGCGAGCGGUAUGGCGGGUCGCCUUGGGGCUCGGUAUUAUUCCUCCUCUGUCUCUUCUCUGGCUUCGGAUUAAGCUCCAGGAACCUGAGGAAUAUCAUCGAAACAAGAUGAAUCACUAUCCAUACUGGCUGAUCUUGAAGUAUUACUGGUUCAGACUCACAGUCGUUGCCUUGAUCUGGUUUAUCUACGACUUCUCGUCAUACUCCUUCAGCAUUUACUCUUCGGCAUGGCUCGUGUUUCUGCUCCCAAGCACCGCGCCUCUUUGGAAAGCUUUCGGUUGGAAUACGGUUAUCAAUCUUUUUUACGUUCCGGGCGCUAUUGCCGGUGCUUUCCUCUCGGAUUGGAUUGGUCCAAAGUACUGUCUCAUCCUAGGGGUCUGGCUCCAAGGGAUCAUCGGCUUCAUCAUGACUGCCAUCUACAAACACCUCGACCAACCCUCUCAAGUGGGAGGCUUUGUUGUCAUGUACGGUAUCUUCCUUGCUCUCGGCGAAGUCGGGCCUGGAGACAAUAUUGGAUUGAUCGCAUCCAAGACGUCAGCAACAUCCAUCCGUGGACAAUACUAUGGCAUCGCAGCAGCUUGUGGUAAGAUCGGCGCUUUCGUCGGCAACUACGUCUUCCCGGAAAUCAUCAAGGCAGCGGGAGACGACGUCAUUAAACAGGGCCAGUAUCCUUUCUACGUUUCUAGCGCCCUCUGCGUCUUUAGCGGCUUCAUAGCCUUGUUCUGCCUUCCCCACAUCGGACAGGACACCAUUACUGAGGAAGACAACAAGUUCAGAGAAUACCUCAUCCGCCAUGGUUACGAUAUCUCUACAUUAGGCACGAAGCAGUAUCAGCUCGAGAAAGAAGCUGCUAUUUGA